GUGGUCUCGGCAUUUCUGGAGCGUCUUGGGCUCCGAUCUCCACCUCCAUGGGGCGGCAGGCCUGCACGUGAGCACCUGUGGACGGACACGGCCAUGGCCGAGGGCAGCGAGCUGCUCAACAGGCUCGUGAGCGAGAACGCCGACCUCAAGAAGCAGGUGCGCCUCCUGAAGGAGAACCAGAUGCUGAAGCGCCUGCUCCGGGAGGGCUGCCAGGAGAGAGGGGGGCCAGGGGCCCGCGACCCCCUCUUCCCCAGGGUGCCUGCCUACCCUGAGGACUGCUCCCCCGGGAGUGCAGUUCCAGACUUUGGAAGGUUCACCGGUGUCCCCGAGGCCCCCUCCCAGCUGCAGACGUCCUCCCUGGAGGACCUGCUGUGCUCACACGCCCCCCUCUCCAGCGAGGAUGACGCGUCCCCGGGGUGUGCCACCUCCGCCCAGGCGCCCUUCAAGGCUUUCCUCGACUCGGCGGAGCUGCGUGUGCCCCGUGGCUCCAACAGGAAGCUGUCCCCGCUCCUCAGCCCCUCCCAGGACCCGCUGGUGGACAAGACCCUGCUGGAGCCCAGGGAGGUGGUCCGGCCCAAGAGGGUGUGCUUCUCGGAGAGUAGCCUGCCCUCCGGGGACCGGACCAGGAGGAGCUACUAUCUUAACGAGAUCCAGAGCUUCACCAGCACUGAAAAGGACGGGAGAAUAGUCGGGGAGAUUGCCUUCCAGCUGGACCGGCGCAUCCUGGCCUAUGUCUUCCCAGGGGUGACCCGGCUCUAUGGCUUCACCGUGUCCAACAUCCCUGAGAAGAUCAAGCAGACGUCCAUCAAGUCCCUGGACGGCUCGGUGGACGAGAAGAAGCUGCGGGAGCUGACGCACCGCUACCUGACGCUGACGGCGCGCCUGGAGAGGCUGGGCUACAGCCGCGACGUGCACCCGGCCUUCAGCGAGUUCCUCAUCAACACCUACGGCAUCCUGAAGCAGCGGCCCGACCUGCGCGCCGACCCGCUGCACAGCAGCCCGGCCGCCCUGCGCAAGCUGGUCAUCGACGUGGUGCCGCCCAAGUUCCUGGGCGACUCGCUGCUGCUGCUCAACUGCCUCUGCGAGCUCUCCAAGGAGGACAGCCGCCCGCUCUUCGCCUGGUGAACCCGCGCCCCGGCCUCCCUGAAUAAACGCGUGUUCCAACCCGGGCGCCGCGCUCCUCGUCCGCUCCGCGG